AUGCGUCUUCUCAAUGCGCUCCACGCCGACGGAGUGCCAGUAAAGAUCGUUCGUUUGCUUGAUGACAUGGGUCAACGAACAGCUGCUGCAGUCAGAACACCACCCGGAUGUACAACACCGUUUGAAGUGAUAACUGUAGAAGCCAGUACAAAACUUCAGCAUGUUGUCGACCUUGUAUCGCAGUUGGCUGCAACCUAUGGACUACAUCUACGCCCUGAUAAAUGCAAGGAGAUGAUAUGGAAUAGCGACGAAUGGAUUGAUUCUGUGCAAGCUCUCGCUGAAGAUCGAGAAGGUUGGGCAGAGCUAUGUUCAAUGACAGCAUACCUCUGUAAAGAUGCGGACAAUGGUUGUACAUUCGACGUCUGGUACAAUCGUUACGAGGACGUUAUCUCAAAGGACCGCGCUACUUUGGACGAUGUAGCGAAAGCUCGACUAAUCAUCUCCAAACUCGACACCGUCGCCUCGCCAACCACAUUCUUCCUGAAAGAGCAUGCGAUGUUUUCUUAA